GGUUCGCUUGUGGGUGGAGGGAGGGAUUGUUAUCUUCCCGCCAAUAAGCUGUCAAAAUAGGUCGAAUUCGGGAAAAGUUUAUGUUUAGCAUUUAUUUUUUUAUGUUUUUCUUUUAAUAAUUAUUAUAAUAAUAUAUAAUACGCUAAAAUGUCGAUACAAGAAGAAGGCGAAGAUAGUUGGAUAGCUGCACUGGACAAUCUGUGUUCUAAGUUAAAUGUAGACCCAGAUGCAGCUAAGAAAUCGAAGGAAUCAUUUUUAGAAAUCAAACGCAAUUAUACUUUAGAUGGCGAUAUUCAGCAUUGGAUGGCUUGUGCUUUAUAUGUGGCAUGUCGGACAUCUAUUACACCAACAGUACAGUCAGGCAGUGUUGUAGAAGGCAACUGUGUCAGCCUUACCCGUCUCCUUAGGCUCUGCAAUAUAAGUCUUAUUCAAUUUUUUAAUAAAAUUAAAAACUGGAUGGAAAUGGCAUUAAUGUCUACAGAUUUUAAAGAUAGAAUUACACGCUUAGAACAUAAGUUUGCAGUUUCAACGGUUCUCUUCCGAAAAUUUCAACCUAUUUUUCAAGAAAUAUUUUCUGGUUUAACAAAUGAACCACUGAAGUGCAAUACAAAAAGCAAAAAACACAAGUUACAACCAUGUACAACAAAUGCACUCUUUGAAUUUACAUGGUGUUUAUAUGUGUGUGUUAAAGGUGAAUUUCACAAUUCUGCUGAUGACCUGGUAGACAUGUAUCAUGUAUUAUUAUCAUGUUUAGACUUUGUGUUUUCAAAUGCUUUCAUGUCUAGACGCAUUGAUUUAAUAAAUCCUGCUUUUAAAGGAUUACCUCCUAACUGGCUAGCAGAUGACUUUGAACUGCCUAAGAAGGCUCCUUGCAUUAUAUCUGUAUUAUGUGAAAUCAAAGAAGGAUUAUCAGUUGAAGCAGCAACAAUGAAAGAAUACAGCUGGAGACCUGUCAUUAAAUCAUUUUUUGACAAAGGAAUUUUAAAAGGAAAUUCUGACCAACUGACUGGUUUAUUGGACAUUGGAAAUUUUGAUGUGAAUUUGAUGAGAGGAUAUUUUUAGGAGAACAUGCUAAUGAGCAAAUUGGAACUAAAAAAGUUUCUGGUGAUGAGAUCACACAGGUUAUUGCUAGUUUUGGACCAAGCGGCCGUGCCUGCCCGGACACUCCUCUAACGGGGCGAUGCUAUCUUGCGGGGAGGGAGGAACUUACGCCUGUAUCCGAAGCUACGAAUAGUCUAGCGCGCUUAGCCUCAUAUUUGCGAAACGCCAAGCCCUAUCCGUCUGCCGCUUUAAUGAGGCUAUUUGCUGAAUGUGGUGUCAAUGAGGAAACAAUAAACACAAAUGUAAUUAAACCCUGCAAAGGUUGGAUGGAGCAGUUUUCGAAUAGUUUGAAGGAGUGCAAAUGUAGCAAUGAAACAAUAGCAUUUCGCUGUAAUAUGGUCACAUGCCUAUAUUAUAAAGUAUUUGAACAUAUUAUUAGAGAGGAACACAGGAAAAAACCACAAGUGUCUUUACAGAUUCUUCUAUCACAAGAAAUGUAUCAGCUCACAGUAUAUGCUUGUUGUACAGAGGUAGUGUUACAUUCAUAUGGAGUGCAUUCAUUGCGAUUUCCGCGAGUGUUACAGAUAUAUGGACUUAGUGCAUUUCACUUUUACAAGAUCAUAGAACUUGUUGUGCAAGCACUUGUGGAUAAAUUGAGUCGGGAUGUUAUCAAGCAUCUUAAUGCUGUAGAAGAAGAAGUUUUGGAAUCACUGGUAUGGACAUCUGACAGUCCACUGUGGGACCAACUCAGUAAAACACCAGUACCCGCCUCCACUGAAGUAUAUGUACAGGAAUCUCCGCAUUUUCGUCGGAAUAUAGCUGUGAUAGACCGUUAUCUCGCGCCAAUGGCGGACCAAGCAAAAAAGCAGCUCUUCAAAGACAACAUCAAGCCCGGCCAGUCAUUACUAGUACAAACAAACAAUGUCACAAUAAAGCAAGACGCUGCAUGUAGUCCACCGCAGAGCACGUCAAAUGGAGAGACGACGCCAAAUUCGACGCCUAAGAAAGCACAUAAUUCCUUAAUAUUAUUCUUUAGAAAGUUUUACAGCUUGGCAGUGGUGCGCAUGAUUGACUUGUGCACACGAUUGAGGCUCACCGACGAGGAGCUGAAACGAAAAAUCUGGACCUGUCUGGAGUACUCCAUCAUACACCAGACACAACUCAUGAAAGACCGACAUCUAGACCAGAUACUCAUGUGUGCAGUUUAUGUUAUCUGUAAGGUGUCAAAUAGUGCAAACAAUCAAGUUGAGAGAACAUUUGCGGACAUCAUGAAAUGCUAUAGGCAGCGGCCUUUAGCCGACAAUCAUGUAUAUAGAUCAGUUUUAAUUAAGCCAAGUACAGGAGAGAAUUCACCUGAGAGAGGAGAUUUAAUCAACUUUUAUAAUAAAGUGUAUGUGCAAUGCAUGCAGAAUUUUGCUCUAAGGUUUACCGGAAAACAUAAAGACGAGUGUAGCCUGUCGCCGCUGCCGGCGGGGCGCGGCGACGCGGCGUACUCACCGGCCGGGCAGCGCGUGUCCGAGCGCCACCAGCUGUACGUGAAGCCGCUCACCUCGCCGCCGCCCACUCACCACCACCUCACCUACCGCUUCAGCCGCAGCCCCGCCAAGGACCUGCACGCAAUCAACACGCUGGUGUCGUGCGAGGUGGGCGGCACGAAGCGCGGCGCGGAGGCGGGCGACGUGGUGAAGCGGCCGCGCUGCGCCGCGCCCGGCGUCGCGCGCAAGCUGCAGGGGCUCGUCAGCGACCGCCAGGCCGUCUAGAGACUAAAUCAGCCUGUAUGUCACACUUGGAUGGAACACUCAAUGGAUUUAAUUUUAUAGUCAUAUUUAUUUAAUAUUACCAAUUACCAAAAAUGUGCUUAUGCUCUCUAGAUGAUUUCUUUAGUUUGCGACGUUUGUAAACCUUUGACGAAAUUUGACUUUGAAAUUUAAAUCAAUUUGUGUAUAAUCGAAAUUUAACAAGUCACAAUGAGAACAGCCUUUGGACUGUUUAUUAAUAAUAAUCGGUGGCAUUGGUGCUAGAAUAAUUGUCAGGUGAAUAGUUCAUUGGGAUUGCACUGACAGUAAUGAAGUAUAUUGAUCUCAUUUCUUAUUUAUGCUGGGUGUUUAUAGUAUUGAUUUGCCAUAUAACGUAACUUGCUCAUUGCUAUUGUAAGUUUUAAGUUCUAUUUUACAUAUUUAAAAAUUUUAAAGGCUGUGGAUCUUUCCGAAUCCAAUUAUAUUAAUAUGAGCUGGCUUUUUAUUACUGCCCUUGUGGCACACUUGCUACAUUUAUAAUGUAAAAUGACCAAGAGAAUAUUUCGUAUAAGUGUAUAAUCAUUUUUAUAUUUGUAUAAAUCAAGACCAUUUCGGCUUUUGUUGACACUUUUUAUGACAAAAUCUUUAAAUAAAUUAACUAAACGAAAUGUUUAUAAUUUCACGUUAAGGGUAGGUACAAGUUACCUCGUAGUAAGUUCCUCUUGUUUAAUGACUGGAUUUCAUACUAUUCAGUUGAAAUAUAUUUUAUUUGCUUCCAUUAAAUUUAAUUAUUUCUUAAUUCGUAAGUGAUCAGAGGUUUAAAAUCAAUUUUGUUUUAACAUUAAUCAAAAGUAAAUGAUUGUAUAUUUCAGACAUAACCAUUUUAUCAUGUAUUCUUCAUAGAUUUUACGUUGUAGAAUAAAUAAUAUAAAAUAUUACAUACU